AUGAAAGCCACGAGAUUUACUCCACACGAACUUAUUUUCAGUCACUUCCGAAACUUGCAAAUUAAACUAUCAGAGUCGACAGAACUAGCACGAACAAACCUGAACCAGUCUAAAAUCCUUUCCAAAUAUUACUACGCUAGGAAAACAAACGUCUGGCAAUUUUCUCCGACAGGCAAUGUGUACUCACUACGAGAACCAAAGCGAAGCAAGUUCGAAUCGGAAUACACCGGUCCUUACCGCGUUCUAAAAAUUUUAGAAAAUAAUAUCAAAAUCACGUAUAAACGCAAGCCAAGAGUAGUUCAAUACAAUGAAUUAAAACGAGCACUUAAAGUGCAGGCACGAAUUAAUCGUAGACCUAACAGUAUGGUUGUCGCGUGCCUGAUUAUCAAGGGAUGGUUCCCUUCGGUGUUAACAGUUGAUCGAGAGAUGGUCCGCAUGUGCUCUCCGGUGGAAUUUGAGAGCUGA